AUGCCGGCCUCUUCACUUGAAAACCAGGACAAUUAUCGAGGGUACGACCACGCAACUUGGUAUGUCGGCAAUGCUAAACAAGCCGCUUCGUGGUAUGUGACCCGCAUGGGCUUCAAAAUAGUCGCAUAUCAAGGCUUGGAGACCGGUUACCGCUGUACUGCCUCCUAUGUUGUAAGCAACAACCGUGUGAAGUUCGUUUUAACGUCCACUAUUCGAAGCAAUUCUGCUCUUGUGGAUGAUGCAUCAGUGUCAUCUGCUGAGAGGAAGCUCGUGAGCGAUAUUCACUCGCACUUGGAAAGACACGGAGAUGCUGUCAAAGAUGUCGCUUUCGAGGUCGACGAUGUCCAUGCUCUAUUUAGUAGGGCUUUAUCUUCCGGUGCAAAGAGCGUUCAAGACCCGAAAACUGUGGAAACAGACGAUGGAAUUCUAAUAACUGCUAUCAUCCAGGCUUUUGGAGAUACGACACAUACUUUUAUCUCUCGUCGAGGCUAUUCCGGGAAGUUUCUACCUGGCUUUCAAACCGUGACGGAGGAUGAUCCUAUUGAGAAGUUCCUCCCAACAAUUCAAUUUGAAGAGAUUGAUCAUUGUGUUGGCAAUCAAGAUUGGGGCAACCUCGAAGCUACUUGCUACAGUUAUGAACGAUGUCUGGGCUUUCGUCGGUUUUGGACAGUGGAUGACCGCAACCUAAUGACAGAGUACUCAACCAUGAACUCGAUUGUCAUGGCAUCCCCAGGUAGCGGAGUCGUUAAAAUGCCCAUAAAUGAACCUGCUGCGGGCAAGAAAAAAUCACAAAUCGAGGAGUUCGUGCAAUUUUUUGAUGGAGCCGGUAUCCAGCACCUAGCCUUUCGAACAACAGAUAUUGUGCGCAUUGUCGGAAGCUUAAAGGAGCGUGGGGUACAGUUCAUCACCGUUCCCGCGGCAUACUAUGUCGACCUCGGGACUCGGCUGAAGAGUUCAGGCGUCGAGGUUAAUGAAAGUCUACAGGCACUGCAGGAGUUGGGGAUUCUUGUUGAUUUUGACGAGGGGGGAUAUCUCCUUCAGAUUUUUACUAAGCCUCUCAUGGACCGACCGACAGUGUUUUUAGAGAUCAUCCAAAGGAAUAAUUUCGAUGGUUUUGGAGCGGGAAACUUCAAGGCUCUCUUUGAAGCUGUCGAGCGGGAGCAAUCCAAGCGAGGAAAUCUGUAG